AUGGCGUUCCCGGUGCACUGCACUGCCAGAAGUCCCCAAACGGAAGAAACAGAGAUGACUUUCCUGGGAAACAGGUUUCUUAUUGCUCCUCCAGAGGUCAGAGAGGCCUCUGAGUGCCCCAUUGCGGUGCUGGGAGCAAGCCCACGGCAGCCAGAAUCACUGUCUGAAUUCGUUAGAAUUCCUGUUUUGCUCUCACUGCAAAACUAUUUCCUCUUCCAGCUGAGUCUCAUAGAUGCCGGAGCUGGUCACCUCUCCAUCUGCACCAAGCUAUGCUACGGCUUUGUGUGGUGUCCCAACCAGGUAGCCUCCAGUGCCAUCGCCUUUUAUCUGCAUCCCUUCCUGCUAGAUGUGGCCCAGAUCCCUGCCGCCCAGGCCUCCCUGGUCCUGUUUGGAGGAAAGGUGUCUGGGGCAGCAGCUGACCCCGUGGCCGGCUUCCUCAUCAACAGAAGCAGGAGGACAGGGUCGGGACGCCUCAUGCCCUGGGUGCUGGGCUGCACGCCCUUCAUCGCCGUGGCCUACUUCUUCCUAUGGUUCCUGCCCCCCUUCACCAGCCUCCGCGGCCUCUGGUACACGCUGUUCUACUGCCUCUUUCAGGCCCUCUCCACGUUUUUCCAGGUCCCCUACACUGCGCUCACCAUGCUGCUGCCCGCCAGCCCACGGGAGCGGGACUCGGCUACCGCCUACCGGAUGACCCUGGAGAUGGCUGGGACGCUGCUGGGUGCCGCACUGCACGGGUGGAUCGUGGCUGGAGCGAAUGCACCUGAGAGCUGUGGGGACGCGGGGUCACCCACACCGGGCACCAUCUCCCAGGAUGCGACUCGGCUCUACUCCAUUGCGGCCGCUGUGGUCACUGCAAUUUACCCUGUCUGCAGCUGCAUGCUCUACCUGGGGGUGAAGGAGCGGCCAGACUCCUCCACCCCAGCUUCAGGCCACGGCCUGAGCUUCCUGUCUGGGCUGGGCCUCACCAUCCGACACCCACCCUACCUGAAGCUGGUAGGCUCCUUCCUGUUCAUCUCUGCUGCUGUCCAGAUAGAGCAGAGUUACCUGGUUCUAUUCUGCAAACAUGCUUCACGGCUGCAUGACCACAUCCAGAACCUGGUGCUGAUCAUUCUGAUCUCGGCUGUGCUCAGCACCCCGAUGUGGGAGUGGAUGUUCCACCGUUUUGGGAAGAGGACGUCGGCUUUAGGGAUCAGUAUGAUGGUGCCUUUUGCAAUCCUGUUGGCUGCUGUACCCUCAGUGCCCGUGGCGUACGUGGUGGCCUUUGUGUCUGGCCUGAGCAUUGCCGACUCCAUGCUGCUCCCCUGGUCUAUGCUUCCGGACGUGGUGGACAACUUCCAGCAGCAGUACCAAUUCGGGCCAGGCCUGGAGACCAUCUUCUACUCCUCCUACGUUUUCUUCACCAAAUUGUCGGGUGCAGGCACCAUGGGCAUCUCCAAUCUCAGUCUUGAGUUUGCAGGUUACCAGGCUGGAGCCUGCCAGCAGACAGAGCAGGUGGUGCUCACCCUCAAGGUCCUCAUUGGAGCUGUGCCCACCUGCAUGUUCCUCGUCGGCUUGUGCAUCCUCCUGGUGGGCCCCAAGCCUAAGCUGAACCAGGCUGCUUCCUGCCGGCGCAGCCUCCACAGGAGAACCAGCUACAGCCUACACUGA